AUUUCUCUAGGAGAAUUUUUACCCAUAAUUCGGGGUAAGAGUUCUCCUGAAUACGAGUUCUCCUGAUACCCCGAUACCCGGAACGCAAUCCCAUCGGGAUCGGUGUUGAAAAAUAUUCUGUUGACAACGACGCUAUUUUCAGUGCAUGCAAUCUGCAUGGAUCUCCUUUGGCUCACUAUAUAACUGCAUAAUGAUGUCUCGUAUUUACUGGACUGGUGAAAGCUGGAAGUAUUGAAAUAUUCCAAAAAUGGCAAAUUUAGUGAAAUCAUACCUCUCUGGUUAUGAUUUUCAAAAGGAUGAUGCAAAUUUCGGGAACCAUUUGAAGGAUCUUGAAGAAAAGAGUUUGAACCAACUUUCAGGUGGAACUAGCCAAAAGAAUGGAGAUCUCAAAGGAAAGGACAACCCAGAAACAUUCCAGAAAGAGGUCAUUGAUUUGUACAUUUUCUACCUCACAAAGAUGCCACAUGUACCCCCAAACUACUUUUCUGAGUUAAAGAGAGCUCUUGAGAGAAUGUUAAAGAUUAUUAAAGACUUUUCUAUGUUCAAGGAACUUAAGGACUUGGAUUUCUUGAGAGCUGUGUUUAAAACCCUCCAAGAGUUUAUAUGUGACCCAACCUUCCCACAGAAUGAUGAAGUGGUAACUGUCACAUUGGAAGUCAUCAAGGAAUGCCUGGGUGUCCUAGAAAGAGACACUCCAACAUAUGUAUAUGGAGAUACGCUUCAGUUCCUUCGAACAGUGGUCACCAAUCCUAAUGCCUUCAAAUAUCCUUCUCUUAUCAAUGGUUUUGAUGUGUGUACAAAAUAUAUUAAUGAAAAACACAUUAAGGAAGAACCCAAAAUGUUUGAAACUUGGGCCCCAGUAGCUCUGGCAAUAUUGGAGCUGGGACCGCCAUUGAAUGAGACUGGUAAACUCCUGUCUGAUAUGAUGUAUAAAUACCAGAAGCACACUAAGCCUCUACAAUCACAUGACAAGUUAUGGAUACCGGUUCUGAUUCACUGUGUGAAAUGGCAACUUGCUGUUACCAUCGCUGCGGCAGCUAAAUUUAUCGGGGAUAAUGCAUGGGUUCGAUGUCUGAAUUGGAAGGAAAAUGCCAUGGCUGCCAAUGAAAUCCUGCAGACACUGAUUGAUAUCGAUUUUACUAAGUACUCGAGUUCUGAAGACCGGGAAGAAGUGGCUGGACAUGCUGGGGAACUUGUGAAGAACCUGAUGGAACAACUCGACAAAAUCCGCAAAAGCCAAGGCAGUUAUGAGCCUCUGAUAACAGAUCUUAGCAUGAGACUGUUGGAAAACUAUGAACUAGUGGAGGAUUUGUUUGAGUACAGCAAACAAGCUGUCAUCAAAGUCACACUCAAGAACAACAAAAAUUUGUAUGGACAUUACUUGGAACGUUUUCUUGCACUCCUGAAGGAUGACAAUGUUCCCUGGGACAACUCAAAGCAAAACCGUCUUGGCAGAGAGUUUAUAAAUUACCUUUUUGCACCCAUAUACCUGGAUGCCCAAUUCGAUGAUGAGAAAGUGGACCAAACAAUAGUUGACAUCAUUCUGUACAGUAUCAGUGAAGACCGGGACAUUUAUGAUGAGGAAGCUGAUGAACUUAAUCUUUAUGGAGUUAUUGCCACAUCUAUAUUGUUAACAUUUGCCAGGGCGAAGAGUGAUAAUGGAAACAUUGAACGGUUGAAGCCACUUAUUCCAAGUAUUCAACGUCUUCUCUCCGAACAUGAAGAUGAUGAAAUUGAAGAGAUGUGUUCAUGGUUUCUCUUUGUCGUUGGCAAAAAGGCUUCUGAAUUAUACGAGCCUGAUGACAUUGGGACCCUGAUUGUUUAUUAUUGUGAACAUCCUGAUGCAAACCUCUUAGUGAAUCUAGAGGCAGUCUACAAUAUCAGUCCAAAGGAAUUUGCUAAGCGAUUUGAUCAACUGCUUGAAGCAUUUGCCAAAGAUAAGCAGACAAGCGCUAUUGUCAUGCAGGGUCUACUGUUGAAGAAAAUCGCAGAAACACAACCAGGGGCAUUUACACCAGAAGCCAUGAAGUUCUUUUUUGAGGUUCAUUAUAUGGACCUCACAGCUAACAUUCCAGUCAUGAUGUACAUGGAUGCAUUGUCCAAGUCUCGACCUGAAUUAAUUGAGCCAUUCAUUCCUAUCCCUCUGUUAAAUCCAGAGCAUUUUAUGGAGAAUAUGGCCAACUACCAUAUGAAUAUUAUCACCAGGGUGGCUGCUGUCAGCGAGAACUGUCAAAUGCCUGUUUACAACUUCUUCAUAGAGAGGCUGAAGAGCUCCAAUGAUAAUACUGUUUUGUUCGCGGCAUUGAUGGGACUGAGAGAAAUGUUGCAGAUCCGUGGUUUAGAAGUUUUUUCAGAGGAUGACAAAGCCCUAAUAGAGAAAAAAAGGGCUGAUGCUCCAACAGCGCAAGUGAAAGAUGCGGCCCAGGAUCUUUUGGACGAUAUGGCAGGGAGAAGUUUGGAGAAGGUUGUUGAGGAUGUUGACGCCCAUUCGGGAAAGAUCGGAAAAGUAGAGGUUGGUGUAGCAGGUACCAAGGUCGUCCUGAAUAAAGUUCACAGAGAGGUCAAGGAGCAUGGUAAAGAUAUCAAGGAGGUCAAGACUGGUCUAGAGGAGGUCAAUGAAAGGGUUGAUGUUGUGGAGGAUGACCUAGAAGAAACAAAAGUGAAAGUGGAGGAGGUGGAUAAAAAGACAAUGAGUAAUGCACCUACUUGGUCUCGAGAUGUAACAAAACUGAUGAAUCCAGAAUCUGAACAUGAUUGGAGACUCCUGGCUAGUCGUCUUGGUUACAGUCCUGAUGACAUCAGAGGUUGGGCCACCCAAUCAGAUCCCUGCAUGGCGCUGCUGAGUGAAUGGUAUGCCACACAUAAAACGUUUGAGGCAUCUAGAGGAGUGCUGAAUAUUCUGCAGGAAAUGAAUCGUUUGGAUGCUGCUGUUAUUGUAGAAAACGCCAUGAAAGCUGCAGAGGGAGUAGUAGCAGAUGAACCAGUAGAUUACCCAGAACCCCCUGAAAUUUUCCUUAGUUACCAGUGGGGUCACCAGAAUGAGGUCAAGCAGAUCAGUCGUCACCUGGAGAUGGCCGGAUAUAAAUGCUGGAUGGAUGUGGGCCAGAUGGGGGGCGGAGAUAAGCUGUUUGAGAAGAUUGACUCCGGAAUCAGAGCUGCCAAAGUCAUCAUUUCCUGUGUGACGGAGAAGUACGCAAAAUCACCCAACUGCAACAGAGAGGUAAAUCUCGCUGUUAAUCUCGGUAAGCCAAUGAUCCCACUGUUGAUAGAAAAGAUGGCCUGGCCUCCUGCUGGUUCCAUGGGACCAAUAUUCAGUGAAUACCUAUUUAUCCGGUUUUUCCAAAGACCUGAAGAGGAAACGAAGGAUGAUCGAAUCUGGCCUGCUGCUAAGUUUACGGAACUCCUCAUGCAGCUUAACUGUUUAAAAGUGAUGCCGGAUGAAAAAACAGUUACCAAAGAGUACAAGAACUGGUGGAUCUCAGGAGCCCAGGAGGUUGUGAUUCCAAAGAGGAAACAGGAAAAAGCCUUCAAGCCUGCUGCAGAUGACACACCCAUGGAAAAAGUUACCUCCCCUGAUGUCUUCAUCUCAUACCAAUGGGGAAAGCAGAAGGAGAUAUGUGCAUUGUUCCAGAGACUGACCAGUCUGGGGUUCACCUGCUGGAUGGACAUUCAUCAAAUGGGAGGAGGGGACUCCCUGUUUGACAAGAUUGACGGGGGGGUCAGAGGUUGUAAGGUUGUGUUGUCCUCGGUAACCACCAAGUACGCCCUGUCUGCCAACUGCAGGAGAGAGGUCAGUCUAGCAGAUGCUCUGAAGAAGCCUAUCAUCCCUAUGUUGAUGGAGAAAAUAGACUGGCCCCCAAGUGGACCAAUGAGUAUGGUUCUUACACAGUUAUUGUAUGUCAACUUCUCAAAGGAUGAAAGUGUGCAGUUAUCUUGGGAGGGAAAGUAUUUUGAUGAGCUUCUGAAGAAGAUUAGAGAAAACAUUCCAGAGGAGGGCAGCCAUGAAUCAGGAAAAGGUCAAGGUAAUGAAGACAAACAAAAAGGUCAGGGUAAUCAAACAUCUGAAAAUAUGCCUGUAAUGAAAUCUGAUAAGGGCACCCAGAAAAAGAAUUCCUCUACAUGUACCCUGUUAUAGUAUGAACAAAUAGAAAAUAGAACAUUUAUAAUAUGGAUGUAGAACUCUACGAUAUGAUUAAUGGUAGUGAAACAAGUAAGGAUUGAUUAUUUCCAUUUUAUUUUAUAAAGAGUGGAGCCUGAUGACAAUCUGGUUUUUUUGUCACUAUUUCAUAUGCCCCUAGAUCUUUAACCUUAGAGUGCCAAACAUUUUUAUCUCUGUUUACAUCUUUUUACAAUAUCUUGAUGGUAUCUCAAUGUUGCCUCUCUAUGUAACCUGAAAUUCAGGAAAUGGGAGAGCUUAUUCAAAUUGUUUAUAUCAUAUUUUGGAUUAUGAAUUUUGUUCAUGGAAUCAUUAUGAAUAGAAUUAUUUAUCAUAAGUUGAGAAUUUUUAAAUUCAAUGAUCACUUUUAUAGAGAGAAAAUACUCCUUUUAUCAUGACUGCAGUUGAUACUGAUAACAACUAGGACAUACAUAAUAUAACAAAUAUGUCAAUAAAUCUGUUUGUUGCAAUUAUAACUGACUUUUAUUUUAAAUUAUCUUCUAAUAAGUUAAAUUCGAUUUAUGUUUAGUAUGCAACACAUUGUGUCCUAUGUCUAUUUUACAAUGGUUGAUUUCUUUUUAUUCAUUUCUGUACAUGUAUUUAGCAUGAUUCGAAAUAAAUCUUUACAUUUGUUGAUGUUACCUGAGGAAGUGACAUUAAAGGGACUGAUUCACGAUUUUCCCCAAAAUUUUGUUUUUUACUUUUAAUGAUCAAAACCUAGCUACUGUCUAAUGUAUUGAAAAGAUUUCGCAUAAAAAGUAAGGUUAUACAUUAUCACAGAAGCUCAUUUUAGAGAGUUUGUUAUUUGUUUUGUGAACAAAGAUUGCGGUAUGUUAUUGUUUACGAAAUUUUCAAAAGAAAUGGAUAUCAAUCUAAUUUUAUUGUACCGUGGAAUCAUUAGAAUUCAUGGUGGCUCAAUUUUCGUGGAAUUCGUGGGUACCCCUCACCCACGAAUUUACAUCCUCAAUGAAUAUACAAUAUAUAUUAUAUAUAUAUAUAUAUACAAUAUAUAUUACAAAUAUAUAAAUCCACGAAAUUAUGUCCCCACGAACCUGUAAAAAUUAAGCAAUCCACGAAAAUUGGCCCCCACGAAUUUAAAUGAUUCUACAGUAUCUUUCACAUUUCAAGCAUUCUUUGGGUAGACUGUCAUCUAAAAGUUGAAAUUUGUGACUAUGCAAAAUUAAGAUGCUUUAUAUUACAAAACUAAUAUUUCACUGGUUUGUUUGUAUACAUAAAAAGACUCUAGUCUUUUUUUACAUAGGCUAAAAUAUUGCUUUUAUUCUUGCAUUCAGAAGGUCAAAAUUUUGGCUCUCAACAUUAAAUGAGUCAUAUUUUUUAUGCAUCAAAAAUGCAAAAUAUCUUUUUCAAAAAUCAUGAACCAGUCCCUUUAAGCCUAAGGUCCUAGGAUACCCAAAAUUUUAAAUAUAAUCAAAUGAAGCAGAUUUUGCUGUGUUUACAUGGGAUUUUCUGUUACUUGAUCAAACAACAAUUUAAAUGGCCUAAAAUGGGUCAUUAAGGGAAUCCCAUUCUCAUGUGACGUCAUAUAGGUUCAUGCGACAUCAUAUAGGUUUUUACAAAAUCUUUAUUUCAUUAAAAUUUAUGCAUGAUAGAAAUAUAUCUUUAGGAGGAAUUUUAUUCACAGGCUAUAAUAAAAAAAAUCCAGUAUAAACAAUUUGAUAUUGAAAAGGUGUAUAUUUUCUAUGAAUAAUCAAUUAUCUGUAUUACAAAAAUGCUGUCGAGGGCAAUAACUCCUACAGAUGUAUGCUGGUAUUUCUCUAUUAUAUGUUUAUCUAUCAUACAAUGAUUUCCUUGAUAUCCACAAUUAAUUCAUAUAUAUUUAUAAAGCAGCAUUUUAUGUUUAAAUAGUUGAAAUUGAUAUUUAAAUGUGCGAUUUUCUGAUGUUGAUAUAAAGUUUUGUUUUUGUAUGUCCAACAUCUUUAAAAAUCUGGCAACAUAUAUAUUUUCUUCGGUUUUUUUUUAUUAAAUUAAUCUAUAUGAAGUGGAAAUUAAUACAAAUUUUCUACUUUGAACCAUUAAUUUUGAUAAGUCCCAUGAGUGUUGAGCUACCUAAAUACAUGAAAUGCACCAAUGAAAAGAUGUUUUUGAAGGAUUUCAAUUUUUGAGUAAUAUUUUAAUUCCAUCGAAUAUUUUUAAAGAUUUAUAAAUAAUACCAAAAUAAAGGUGGUUUCAUAGAAACAUUUUGUGGUAAAUAUGGGUUUUUAACAAUAUUAAAACAUUUUCAAAUAGUUUUAUAAAUUCCAUAAAAAAAUUUCGGGGGCAUUCUUAUGACGUUAAAUGUAUUUUUGUUUACACUACACACAGCUACAUGCUUCUGUUGAUUAUCAUUAAUCCCAGUUGUAUAUUUAACUCUACUGUUACCAAAACGUUUUUACUUUUAAUGAAAAACUGCAUGACUCUAGUUUAUUAUGUUUUCUAUUAUUUUUACUACAAAAACUUUAUCUUAUACUGGUACUUAGUAUUUUGCAUGUGCAAUAUCAGUGACAUCACAAUGACCAUAUCAUCCUCCGGCACCAAGGAUCCAUAAUACACCAGCUAGGUCCAUGCAAAAUUUCCACUUUAAAAUUCUUGAUUUACACACAUUGAUUUGAAUUUAAGCAUAUGUUUCAAGUUUCAUGUUUUCAGUGAAGGUGUCAUGUUUCAUGCAAAUUAGUUUUUAAAGUGAUAGUAAAAUGAUGUUUGCAUGUUUACCUAUGUUUUAGCUAAAUUGUAAUUAUCAUUACUAUACACAAUAGACGUAAGGAAACAUACCGUUUUGUAAUCACAUCCUGUUCUAACUCUCAACCAAUAGCAGCUCUCAGGCUUAUAUAUAUUGGUGUUUAAUUCUAUUGGAUGCGAUAUAUAUAUUAUGUAUGGUUUUGCAUAUGAAUUAGGUCAGUUACAAUUCUUUUUAUGCAAAUGAGAAUUGAACAAAUAGAGAACCAAUAAUUUUGAUUUUAAAAUCAAUGAAUUCAUACUCGACUCUUAUAAUGUGAAGUAGGUUUAACACAGAUGCCAUAUAUGACUUAUGAUUAAUUACACUUCAUCACGUCACAAAAUGACACUUAUACUGCGAAAAAAAAAUUUACACUAAAUUUAUCUAGUGUAAUGGCAUGAGCACAAAAUGUUUUGGAGAUUCUUUCAGAAGGUAUUAAGUAAAAUUAAAUACAUCUUGAUGUUAUUGCUGCGCAAUUCCUGUACAUCACCUUGUUCGAUCAUUAAUCUAAGAAAAUGAUACUAGUCUAUGCAUUUUGACAAUCAUUACACUUGAAAUAUUUUAAUCAUUGGUUACAUGAUGAAGAGACGACAUUUGCACAGCAAUAGUGAUAUUGUGGAGACAAUUUUGUUUAUUUUCAUACUAAUAUUGUCUUAAUUAUUAAUAAUUAAUUUAUUUAGUGUAUUUACCCUUGUGUCAAAGCCACUUUUUUGUUGGCAUUGUUUGUUUUCAUCCAUAAUAAGCAAUACAUAACAUUAUAAUGUGACAUCAUAGUCAGACCUAUGCAGUGUAUGAAAGGUGAAGAUAACAAACAGUGAUCAAUCUCAUAAAUCCCACAAGCAAUACAAAAUAGAUAGUUGGGCAAACAUGGACCCCUGGACACACCAGAGGUGGGAUCAGGUGCCUAGGAGAAGUAAGCAUCCCCUGUCAACCGGUCACACCCAACAUUAGCCCUAUAUCUUGAUCAGGUAAACGGAGUUAUCUGUAGUCAAAAUCAGUGUGCCAAGUAUAUGUUGGUAAAUUUUUCUCAAGUACCAAGAGAUACAGGAACAUGCUCAGAAUAAACGUGUAUCAGGGUAGUUUUAAUGGAUGUUAUGCAUUUGAAUCAUCUCGUCUGCAUAGAAACGUCUAUAUUUAGCCCUAACUUACUUGUGUGUCUCCAUAUAUUAUGUUGAAAUUCUCAGCUAGAUAGCAUAGUAUACUACAAAACUUUUCACAUUGAAUAUAUAACUGCAUGAAUUUAAUGUUGUACUAGUAUAUUUUAUUUAGUUUUUGGGAAAAGUAUGUGAUAUUUUAUCAGUAUUAAUAAACAUCCCUGUGUUAAUGUCCAUGGGAUAAAAAUACUGCUGCUAGAUUAGAAUUCCCAAAGAUGAUGACAUUGUGUAAGAUUUAGAGUUUUAUUUCCUCCCAUAAUCAAGAAGUGUGUAUUUACAUUUGAACUUUGGUAUCUCAAACAUCAAUAUCUCGAAUGCCAUGGGUAUAUGAAAGGGAGUUGCAAGUCCCAACUCAAUUUUCUUAAUGUAUUUUAACCUCAAAUUAUCUCAAAGACUCAAAUAUCUCGAAGUGGUUUAUUUUUUUUACCCCAUCAAGUCUGAGAUUUUGAGAUUUGACUUACUGAUUCUGUGAUGACAAAUUCAAUGAAAUCAUUAUGAUGUUUGUUGCAAGCAGCUGUUUGUCUUAGUUUUUUCAUUAGGUUCAGAUCCUGUACAAAAAAUAAAAAAGCGAUC